GCUGUGCAAGGGUCCAUCUAUAGUACUUUUUUUGGCUAAUUAUUUUGGUUUAGACUGCCCACGUCAACUGAGCUCAACUUCAAGCUUGGUCCGAACAAGGAACGCUUAGUGCCGUUGCAGCACGAAGAGCGGCAAAGGCCGCUCAAUUAUCCGGAGACUCAGGCAUAGAUGCGGUUUAGUCUUCUGUGACUUCUCGUUCCUCUGUUCGUCCCGCAGGACCUCCAGCGCCAGAACAAGAACUUGGCUCAAGCUCCGAAGACGAACCGGCCAUCCCGUCCCCAACUUCCUCCCCUGAAUCCCCGAAGAAUAGAAAACGGAAACCUAUACCCGAACAGAAGCCGAGAAAGAAAAGAAAGCCCUCUCCCGUUGAUGGCAUCGAUGAUGAGACACGGCCUGCGUUCCCUCAGUACACGGCAAGGGCGAGGGCGUAUUCGCCUGCCGCGCCGGUGGGGCUGGGGGACGACCUUGACGGGAACAUGGAUGUGCAAUCAGGGAUAGAUGAAGAAGACGAUGUUUUGAGUGAAAUGGAAGGAAGAGCUGCCUGAACCUGCCCCGCCGCAGCGCCCCGCCCUCUCUUACCUCCCGCUUCUACCUUCCUCCCUUCGUCUUCCUCAUUAUUAGAGCAUCCUCCUUCCGCAUUACCCCCUCUUAACCUCAAAUGCGACAGUCCCGCCAUUCUUCUUGCACUAAAGAACGGCGAGACACUUGCCUUCGUUGGCACAUGCCGCCUUGUGGUCAUCAAGGGGAAGUUGGAACUGUUAGGAACUGUGCUUGAAGUGGACCCGGAAUGCACGACACACGAGAUCUAGGCUCCGAAAAGUCACACAAUUCCCGUCCUUACGGCACUCACUUCCUCAAAAUCGUCACGCACUCUCCCACUGCCGCCGAAUCUCGAAAAUCAAACCGGAACGGCGGAUGCCCUUGUUGUUCUUCAGGAACUGCAUUCAAACCUCGAAGGCCUCGGCCGGAUUGUCACUCCAUUCUCUGGAGCCUUCUCCCCUCCAUCUCCUUCCUCGACAGCAGACUGGGGCCUUGCAGGAUUCUAUCCCCUCACGAGCGAUACCACCCCCUUCCGCCAUACCGGGCUCACUACCUCGGUUCCUCCUCGCCCAAGUCUGACCCGGCACUCUACCUCUCUGCUGUCGAAGCGCUUCUCCAGAGUUUCAGGCUGGAAUUGCAAUUCCCUUUCCUGAUGGAAGCGGAGAAUGGGAGAGUUAGCGACGUAGUGCCUCUAGUGGUGAACACCAUGGGUUGGACAAAAGGCCUCGGUGCGCGUCUGCUCGAACAAGUGGAGCAACUCGUCCAGCCUACGCAUGUGUUUGAGUUCCCGGAUUCGGGCGAGACGGCGCACCCGCUAGAUCAGUUUCCGUCCUCCACCUUAACACCUACUGGCAACGGCGAUGACAGGCAAGUGUAUACCCUGGAGCCUGUCCAGCCCAGCCCACGGCUAUCAGCGUACAAUGCCCCUCUUCUCCGAGCGCUCAGUACGAUGUCCUACCUCCACUCGCACCCCCCGCAAGAAGGGCAAAGCACCCGAUGGUCCACCACACCGCUGUGUGCUCAGCUGCCAUACGAAGUCGACCUCCGCACCGCAUUCGACAAGAUCGUCCUAGUCGGUCCUGGAUCGGAGGAUGUCGUCCCCGAAGAACUGGGGACGGUACUCAACGGCUCCCUGGUCGCGUUCCUAGCCGUCGAUGAGGGUUCGGAACCCCUGCCCGCCCAUGAAGGUCACUUGAUCCCGUAUGAGCAGUGCGCCCCUGCUCCUUCACCUUUCACUUCCCAUUGCUUAGGCCUCGGCGUUAUUCGUUCAUUCGACAAAGAGUCGGGCAAGGCACUUGUACUCACCCCAGUCCCACUCUCGACACUCGCCAAAGCCAGAGUGCUGGUCAAGGGUGAGCUGGAACUCCCGAUCU